CUGCUCUCUCUUCAUAGUUUCUGGGCGAUAUAAAUCUCCCUGUUUUCCUCUUCCUUCCUUGCGACGCAGAGCACUUUGUAUUUUGUCCCGCCAUCCCGUCCCAUUGUUUGAUGGAUUUAGAGUUUCAAUACCAAGAAGGAUACCGAAGGAACUCAAGGGGAGUCCGUUUCUUCACCUGCAAAUGGUUGCCGCUUUCGUCUCCCAGGGCUCUUGUUUUCCUCUGUCAUGGGUAUGGUAUGGAAUGCAGUCGCUCCAUGCGAGAAUGUGGAGUCAGGCUAGGGCGCGCUGGGUACGCCGUGUUCGGAAUCGAUUACGAAGGACACGGACGUUCGGAAGGUUCCCGUUGUUACAUCAGAAGGUUUGACAACAUCGUUAACGAUUGCUAUGACUUUUUCAAGUCUGUCACCGAACUCGAGGACGAUUAUAAAGGAAAGUGCAGGUUCUUGUAUGGAGAAUCAAUGGGAGGGGCCGUGGCCUUACUCUUGCACAAAAAGGACCCCCACUUCUGGGACGGUGCCGUUCUCGUUGCCCCCAUGUGUAAGAUAUCAGAGAAGGUGAAGCCACACCCCGUGGUUAUAAACAUCUUGACCAGAGUGGAAGAUGUUAUACCAGCAUGGAAGAUUGUCCCCACCAAAGAUGUCAUCAAUUCAGCCUUUAAAGACCCUAUGAAACGAGAAACGAUAAGGAGAAACGAAUUGAUAUAUCAGGACAGGCCGAGGCUGAAAACAGCGUUAGAAAUGCUGCGAACCAGCAUGAAUCUGGAAGAGAGGUUGCGCGAGGUGACUCUGCCCUUCUUUGUGUUGCAUGGAGAGGCGGACACGGUGACUGAUCCGGAGGUGAGCAGGGCAUUGUACGAGCAAGCCAGCAGUAAAGACAAGACCAUCAAAUUGUACCCAGAGAUGUGGCACGGCCUGACGUCAGGGGAGCCCGACGAAAACAUCGACACUGUAUUCUCGGACAUCAUAGAUUGGCUCGACAAGCGCGCCUGUGAUACCGCUCAAAACCGUAGCACACUUCAAUCAAUUGGUCAGAGUCAGACCGCUGACUAUGGCGUCGGGAAGGUCACCACAGCUGCUUCACCAUUGCCAAGCGUUGAAGCACAGCGUUUACGGAAAACACGAGCGCGUCCAUGCUAUUUUUGCGGGUUGAAAGCACGACGUUUGCUGUAUCACUCAUCAAUGUAGAAUCAUUGUGAGACCCUGUAAUUUAAUUUCCUUAAAACUUUGGGACUUGGGCCUCACUGAUUUAAUAUAUAUAUAUAUAUAUAUCUCAACUGUCAAACUGAAAAGGUACGCAAUGUAAUCAUUAUGAAACCAAGAUUCAAGCGGAGUGGUUGCACCAUCCAUGAAAGGGAGGGCCUUGCGCAGGUCAACCUCGGGUUCCCAUCCUAGUAGCUCCUGGGCCCUACAAAUAUCAGGUUUCCUCUUGUGAGGGCCAUCCUCUAUGUUGGGCCUUCACUCUCUUUUAACAUCUGGGUUGAUUGUUUCUUGGACCACCUACACGCGCAUCGCCCAAACACUUGAUUAUUUUAUGGUCAACAAUGCCCUUAGCGUUACCAAUUAUUUAUCUUGUUACUGACAGACGGUCGCUAAAUUUUACGAUGUGCUUCAUCC